GUACCGAGCAGCAAGCUCCUACUCAAGUGUGUUGGAUCUCCAACCGGGAAACACUCUGCAUCAGUCAUCUUCUUACACGGCUCAGGAGACACUGGACAGGGAGUGCGAGCAUGGGUCAAAGAGGUUUCGGUACCCGACCUGGAUUCCCCACAGCUCCAGCCAGUCAAGCUGCUGAAACCGUCAACACACAGACAAAGCCCUUCAACUGUCAUCUUUAAAAUAACUUAACUAACCCAGACAGGUAGAACACCUGGGCAUGUAUUCAUAAAGCAUCUCAGAGUUGGAGUGUUGAUCUAGGAUCAGUUUAGCCUUUUAGGUAAUAAUGAUUACGAUUAUAUAUCCUAGAUCAGCAUUCCUACUCCGAUGCUUUAUAAAUAUGGGCCCUGAACAGCAAUUUAAAUAGGCUAAAUAGCCUAAUACCCUUUUCACACUACCGCGGCGAGAUGAAUGGACCAUGUGAAUAGAUCAUUUCCAAGCCAGUGCGGUUCGGGUCAGCACGAUAGUGUGGAAAGGGGCCGUACACACCCAUGUGGGGGGCUCUGUCCAAUGUGUGGUUUGACAGAUACAAGAUCUCACGGGACUGUCUGGAGCACUUGGAGUCUAUCGACGCCAUGGCCAACUCCCUGGAAGCGGUUAUACAGGAGGAGGCUGUGGAGGAGAGGGCUGUUCCAGGGCCAUGGGACAGGGGACAAGUUGGUGUUCCAUAAGUGGGGAGAAGAAACUACGGCCCUGCUGAAGAAGGCUGGGAUGACGACCACCUUCCACUCGUUCCCAGGCCUCCAGCACCAGCUCUCUCGGCCAGAGAUUGAGCUACUGCGCUCCUGGAUCCUCACCAAACUGCUCCCGGACAGUCUAGACGCCAGUGGGCAUUGACCAGUCAGCCCCACACCACUAAACAGACACAUUAACAACACGUUAUUAACACGUUAAUUACACGUUCACACUAUUGAGCUGAUUUAAACUGAGCCAAACCGAACUGUACUGCGCUGGCCAGGUAAAGCAUUGCCCAUAGUAUCUGGAACAAAGCUGGAAAGGUGAACCAGCACGGUUCGGGUCGGCAUUAUAGUGUGAAAAGGAUAUUAACGUGCUGAGUGGGCUGUGGACCACCUCCUCACAACCUCUGUUGGACACAAUACCGUUUUUUAAAAUUAGGGCGGCAGGUAGCUUAGUGGGUAAGAGCGUUGUGCCAGUAACCGAAAGGUCGCUGGUUCUAA